GGAGGAGCUGGAGCCAUGGCAGAAGAUCAGUGAUGUGAUUGAAGAUUCUGUUGUUGAGGAUUAUAACUCAGUUGAUAAAACCGCUGCGGCAGCUGAUAUCUGCCAUGGUCUCCUCGUUCUGCCGUGAUGAAGUAGUGAAUCUCUGCACGUCUGUCUUGGCCAGUGAGUGUAAAGUGCUGCAGGAUCUGUGGAAACCUUACAGACUUCCUUGGAAGCAAUCUAGAGCAGUACUGCAUGCUCCUGGACAGGCUGCUGCAGGGUGCUUGGCAUUCUCACUUGUGAGAGUCUACCAAAGCCUGGGAAAAGAGAAAAACUGGGCAUACAACUGUGUCUGUCCUGGCCACACUGAAAAGAACCUGCAGUUCUGUCCAAGUCUGCCCAGAUUCUCUGUGGAUUCCAAAGGAGCACCAGCAGGAGCUGGAAACCGCAAAUCAUCAGAGCUUCAGUCUUCAGGAUUUCCCAUGGAAGUUCCAUGGCCAAGACAUUUACAGACACAGACUUCCAGUGCUUGGCAAAGCUUUGGGGACGACUCUGUGCUCCUUGUUAGCCAAGUAAGGUCCUUGAGGCGCUGAGGUGAAAACCAUCUGCUGAUGCUCUGGAUUUGGGCCUUCACCUGGUACUAAGUGGGAUGGAACCGUUUAGAACACGAUAGAGCUAUCCAGAGAGUUUGGUUUUUCUGUUUCCUGAGCUGCUUUGAUAAUCACCUUUUGAUAUUUUUCAUAUUGUGAAGGGAUUACCUCUGAAUUCUUUGGAAGAUUGCGAGUACCAUCUGUUUGUCUCUUAAUUUUCAUUGACUCCUACCACAUUUUUACUGACCCUCUUCAGCCACCGGGCUCAAUAAAGCAGCAAAGGCUGGAAACGUGUCCUCUUUCCACUUGGGACUGGAGGCAGCACGCACCCACUUCAGACAGCUGUGGCUUUGUGCUCGUUGGUUUGAGCCUCAAGAAGACAUUGGUCCAAGACAGGCUGCGAGCUUUCUGACACCUCAGCAUUCCCAUGCUCUGCCUCCGUUUCCCCUCUCCUCCCCAUGCUCUGUUAGUGGGAGCUGGGGUCUCUUUUCCAGCAGCCCCUCGGCUGUCUUAAGGUGCUUGAAAAAGUGAGGCAAGAAGCAGUGCAGGCCCAGCAGCUGCGUGGCUUGGAUCUGAACCUGCUGGUGUCUUCCAUCACCCAUCACACCAUCAGUGUUUCUGCCUGGGAUCAUCUCCAUGCAAACACUUGGAUCGUACACCCUGAGGGCUGCCAGCCAGCAGCAUCGACACUGCCAGGGCAAAGCAUCUCCCAUCCAAAGGAGCUGCCUUGGCUGUGGGUCAGAACAUUUUGGUGUGCAGCUGCUGGAGGUCCACAGUUCCACAGGAAACAUUUGCUGUUGGGGUACAGCAAAGCCUUGCCUCUGCCAUCAGCAGUUUCAGGAAUGUCGGAACAUUUUGUAGGCCUGCAACAAGCUGGAUGUUGUGUCAGUCUCGUGUCGCAUUAUGCUGCAAAUCUACGGUGGGAAGAUUGUGGUGGGGCUUCCUGGAUCCCACCUCCCUCUGCCAAUUGGAAGCCCUUUGUCCUCAGGACAUGGAUUGUAGUAAUAGCACGCUGGCAAUCCUCUUGUUCAGCAGAGUGGACAGCCACUAAUCCUUACCCAGAACCCCAGCUCAGGUCUGGGCACGAUGGUAACUCAGCCAGUGUUACGACCUGUGCAGAUCAUGCAGAAUGCCAAUCAUGUCACCAAUUCUCCAGUGACCAGCCAGCCCAUCUUCAUAACAACCCAGGGAUUUCCCGUGAGGAAUGUGCGGCCUGUACAGAACACGAUGAACCAAGUUGGAAUUGUUCUGAAUGUACAGCAAGGUCAAACAGUUAGACCCAUCACCCUCGUCCCAGCUCCAGGCACCCAGUUUGUUAAACCAGCAGUUGGUGUCCCUCAGGUGUUCUCUCAAAUGGCCCAGGUGAGACCAGGUACGACCAUGCCGGUCCGACCCACCACCAACACUUUCACUACGGUCAUUCCGGCCACGCUUACCAUCAGGAGCACUGUCCCACAGUCCCAGGCACAACAGCAAAGUAAGUCCACUCCCAGCACCUCCACAACUCCUACUGCAACGCAGCCAACACCACUUGGACAGUUAACUGUGCAGCAGCCAGGGCAGUCCAGUCAAGCUACUAACCCCAAAUUAGUGAGUAUUGCAAGCUUUGUGACUGUAAAGAGACCUGGAGUGACUGGUGAGAACAGCAAUGAGGUUGCUAAGCUAGUGAAUACCCUGAACACCAUUCCUUCGUUAGGACAGAGCCCUGGCCCGCUGGUGGUGUCCAACAGCAGCCCUGUGCAUGGCUCCCAGAGAUCCAGCGUUUCCGAGUCGUCAUCAUCAUCAUCAUUAAAAGUCAGUUCAUCUCCUAUUCCCACAUUUGAUUUGCAAGAUGGUGGCAGGAAGGUCUGCCCAAGAUGUGAUGCUCAGUUUCGUGUCACUGAAGCUUUAAGAGGACAUAUGUGUUACUGCUGCCCUGAAAUGGUUGAAUUCCUCAAGAAAAGGAAAUCUCUAGAAUCUGAACCAAAUAUUCAAUCUGCAAAGCCUCCGUCACCAGAAAAAACUACAGCCGUUGCUUCUCCACCCUCUUCUACCCCUAUCCCUGCACUGUCCCCACCUGCUAAAGCUCCAGAGCCAAGUGAAAACGUAGUUGACUCGUCCCAAAGUAAGCUCAUUAUGUUAGUAGAUGAUUUCUACUAUGGCAGAGAUGGUGGCAAAGUGAACCAGCUACUGAACUUCCCCAAGGUUCCGACCUCCUUCAGGUGUCCACACUGCACCAAGAGGCUAAAGAACAACAUAAGAUUUAUGAAUCACAUGAAGCACCACGUCGAACUGGAUCAGCAGAAUGGAGAGGUGGAUGUCCACACCAUCUGUCAGCAUUGCUACAGACAGUUCUCCACUCCAUUUCAGCUACAGUGUCACUUAGAGAAUGUCCACAGUCCCUAUGAGUCAACAACAAAGUGCAAGAUUUGCGAGUGGGCAUUUGAGAGUGAGCCAAUGUUCCUACAGCACAUGAAGGACACCCACAAGCCUGGGGAGAUGCCCUAUGUUUGUCAGGUCUGCCAGUACCGUUCCUCACUCUACUCUGAGGUGGACAGCCAUUUCCGCAUGAUCCAUGAAGACACGCGGCACCUGCUCUGUCCAUACUGCCUCAAGGUCUUCAAGAAUGGGAAUGCUUUCCAGCAGCACUUCAUGAGGCACCAGAAGAAGAGUGUUUAUCAUUGCAACAAGUGUAGACUCCAGUUCCUAUUUGCCAAGGAUAAAAUUGAACACAAGCUGCAGCACCACAAAACUUUCCGAAAGCCCAAACAAUUAGAAGGAUUGAAACCUGGAACCAAGGUUACAAUCAGGGCAUCUAGAGGACAGCCACGGACAGUGCCAAUAUCGUCAAAUGACAUGCCGCAGGGCACUGGACAGGAAGCCGCUCCGCUGGCAUCUGCUGCCGACCCCCAGCCCAUCCUCCUGUACCCGCCUGUCCAGAGGAACGUCCAGAAGAGAGCGGUCAAAAAAAUGAGUGUCUUGGGCAGACAGACUUGUCUGGAGUGCAGCUUCGAAAUCCCCGACUUCCCAAACCACUUCCCCACCUACGUGCACUGUUCGCUGUGUCGCUACAGCACUUGCUGCUCCAGAGCCUACGCCAACCACAUGAUCAACAACCACGUUCCUCGGAAGAGUCCGAAAUACUUGGCUUUAUUUAAAAACUACACUGCCUGUGGUGUAAAGCUGUCCUGUUCCUCUUGUCCCUUUGUAACAUCUGAGGGUGAUGCGAUGGCCAAACAUCUGGUCUUCAAUCCAUCACACGAGUUUAGUAACAUUAUUUUCCGAGGGCCUACUUGGAUAUCGCAUUCCAGGCACAUUCAGCUCCAGGACAAAAGCAUGAAGAACACAUGUCCUACCUACUCCCCAAGUAAAGCUGCUACUGUGAAAACAAAGUCUGUGUUACCUGCGAAAGGUGACCUGGAGCCUGAGCUGGCACCAGCAGCCUACAACAGAGCUCUGCUCUGCCAGGAAGAAGAGUGCUUAAAUAUUGAUGCUCAGGAAGAUGAGCAGCCAACGAAGGAGCCUGAGCCCUCAGGCAGAAAGGAGCAGCUGUCGGUGAAGAAGCUGCGGGUUGUACUGUUUGCUCUGUGCUGCAACACCGAACAGGCUGCGGAGCACUUCCGGAACCCGCCGCGGCGCAUCAAGCGCUGGCUCCGCAGGUUUCAGGCUUUCCAAGAGGAGAACUUGGCAUCGCUGUCAGAAGGCAAAUACCUGAGCUUGGAGGCGGAGGAGAAGCUCGCGGAGUGGGUCCUCACACAGAGGGAGCAGCAGCUGCCCGUGAACGAGGAGACUCUCUUCCAGAAAGCCACCAAGAUUGGCCGAUCCCUCGAGGGCGGCUUCAAGAUCUCCUACGAGUGGGCAGUGAGGUUCAUGCUGCGGCACAACCUCAGCACGCACACUCGAAGGGCAGUGGCUCACCCGCUCCCCAAAGACGUGGAGGACAACGCCAGUUGCUUCAUCGAGUUUGUGCAGCGGCAGAUCCACACUCAGGACCUGCCUCUCUCCAUGAUCGCGGCCAUCGACGAGAUCUCUCUGUUCCUCGACGUGGAGGUGCUGAGCAGCGAUGACCGGAAGGAGAACGCUCUGCAGACGGUGGGAACCGGGGAGCCCUGGUGCGACGUCGUCCUCACGAUCCUCGCCGACGGAAGCGUUCUCCCGACAUUGGUCUUCUACAGGGGUCACGUCCAGCAGCCCGCCAACGUGCCGGAGUCGAUCGUGUUGGAAGCAAAGGAGAACGGAUACAGCGAUGAUGAAGUCAUGGAGUUGUGGUCGUCCAGAGUGUGGCAGAAGCACACGGAGUGCCAGAACAGCAAGGGCAUGCUGGUGCUGGAUUGUCACCGAACACACCUCUCCGAGGAAGUACUUUCCUUGCUGAGCGCAUCCAGCACGCUGCCGGCUGUUGUCCCCGCCGGCUGCAGCUCCAAAAUCCAACCUCUGGAUGUUUGUAUAAAAAGAACUGUGAAAAAUUUCUUGCAUAAAAAGUGGAAAGAGCAAGCCAAGGAGAUGGCGGACUCCACGUGCGACUCGGACAUUCUUCUGCAGCUGGUUUUGUGCUGGCUGGCAGAGGUGCUGGAGGUCAUCAGUGACUCUCCUGAACUGGUGCAGCAGUCCUUCCUGGUGGCCAGCGUGCUGCCGGGGCCGGACGGCACAGCCAACUCCCCCACCCGCAACGCUGACAUGCAGGAGGAGCUCAUCACCGCGCUGGAGGAGCAGCUGAAGCUGAGCGACGAGCCCCAGCCCCAGGCCCAGGCCCAGGCCGAGGAACCUGCAGACCCAGACAUCCUCCACCAGCUCUUCGAAGGGGAGAGCGAGACUGAGUCCUUCUAUGGCUUCGAAGAUGCUGAUUUGGAUCUGAUGGAGAUGUGAGCACUGUUCUGCCCGUCGCGAUCCAGAAAGGGGUAUUUUUUAAAUAAAUGUUGGAUGAGACCAUUACACUUCCCUGUGGAUUUGUGGGUUUAGGAAAUUCGUAGGCGAUCACUCAGAUAAAUAGCCAUUUAUGCUGUUCAUUUAUAAGUUUUGUGCUUUUUUAAAAGAAAAAUCACUGUGUUGGUAUUUUCUGAAAAUAUAUUGUGGGUGAAUAUUUUUGCGUUUUCUUUACCUCACUGUAUCAUAGUUUCUGUUUUUAUUGUGCAGAAAUGUUUUGAAUUAUACAUUGUCAAUGUGACCAUUUCUAAAGAAAGGAGAAAAAAAAAAUAUGUAGCUAAUGAACCAGUAUAUAAAUCUUUUGGGUUGUCUUAACACAGAUAUUCUUUUUUUAACACUUGACCCAGAGGUUGAGGUUUCUGUGGGAAAUUUAGACCUGAGUUACUGCUCUACUGUGUGAACCUGCUCUAAUUGGCCCUUGAGAUUUGGGUUUGGUUUGGGUUUUCUGUUUCGUUUUUAGUUCUUCAAGAAAUUCUUUUGCUUGUGAAUUUGGACGUGGGGUUGAAACACGAGAGAAAGCAUUGGCCUGUUCAAUGCCAGCAGCGCGACCUGGGAGCCGGUGCUGCCCCUGAGCGCGCUCCGCGGUGACUCCACGCGGUGCGGUGGUUCCCCCCUGCCUUGCUCCAAAGAAUCACUGACAGAGGGUACAUGGUGGAAGAGGAAAGUCAAGUCAGUCUUGACCUUCCUGUGCAGUAGAUGGGAGUUAAAACCAUACGGACCAUUAAAGGUUGACCUUUAACUACUCGUAGUCGAUAAACCUGCUUUAACCAGUGGCAUCAGACACUACGUUCCUUAGAAUUAGAAGUCCCAUUUGAUGAAACAAACUGUGACAUGCACAAAAAGAAGACGUUUGUUUUUAUUUUUCACUGCCAGCUUAAAUUUUUCUACAAUUUGCAUGUUUGAGGGUUUUUUAAUUGUAUGUAUUAUGGUAUAAACGGAAAGCAUUUUGACAUACAGAAUUCAGAAGCACCUGCACCUUUCUGUUUUCCAUAGAGGUUUUGUGAACCUUCCCCAUGACCCAAGGAAAGCAGGAGGCAGCAUGUGCAGACCUGUAAAUGGUUCAUCUUUAAAAUGUACAUAAGUGGAACAUUUAAUAAAACCAGGGAAAUGGAUUUAUAAA